CGCAGAUUUCCCGCAACAAUGGCCGACACUCCCGUUACCCUGCGGACUCGCAAGUUCAUCCGCAACCCCCUGCUUGGUCGUAAGCAGAUGGUCGUGGACGUCCUCCACCCCAACCGUGCCAACGUCUCCAAGGAUGAGCUCCGCGACAAGCUCGCCGACCUGUACAAGUCCAACAAGGACCAGGUCUCCGUCUUCGGCUUCCGUACGCAGUACGGUGGUGGCAAGAGCACUGGUUUCGCUCUCGUCUACGACUCCACCGAGGCCCUGAAGAAGUUCGAGCCUGCCUACCGUCUCGUCCGCAUCGGUGCUGCCACCAAGGUGGAGAAGCCCAGCCGACAGCAGCGCAAGCAACGGAAGAACCGCUCCAAGAAGUUCCGCGGUGUCGCCAAGACCAAGGGCCCCAAGAAGGCCAAGAACUAAACCCCUUCUCUCGGUGGAAUCUCGACUGGGUGAAUGGGAAGGCGGUGGUUGUUGGAGGUGGACUCGGAUGCGGCCAGGGGCUGGGGACGAUAGCGAUGGAGAAGAUGAUAAUGAUAAUGGCGGCCCUCCUGUGGGGGUGUAUGAUAGGUUUGACCUGAGCAAAUGGUCCCAUGGUGUCUACCAGUGUUGUUCCAGUACUGCUAGCGCUACUACCUAUACCAUCUUGCCCCCGUUUGAUUAUCA